AGUAAGAUGGCCGCGCAGUAAUGUUUAUCUAACUGAAGCGCAGCUAUUGAUGCCCAGAAAUGAAAAGAAAAUCUUAUUUAUAUUUACACGAGCUCAUUCUCACAACAGAUUAUACACAGAAGGGAUUAUUGCAUGAGUUUUUAUGCUGUUGUUGCUGUUUUCACAUCGGGGAAAUCUGAGUGCUGUUCAAAAACAUGUCUGCCAAAGUUGACGAUCCAGAAAGAAGUGAGUCAAGUGGCAAAAGCAGACGAGGAUCUGAAAGCGGAGGAAGAGAAAAUCUGAAACGUCACAGGAGCCGAAGCAGGUCGUCAUCCUCAUCAUCAUCCAGUUCUUCCUCGUCUUCAUCAUCGUCAUCUUCUUCACAGUCUUCAUCCAGCAGUGCUUCAUCAGGCAGUAAGUCCAGCUCCAGUAGCUCAGAUUCUUGUACAAAACGAAGAAAAUCUUCAAAGAAAAGAAAAGAGAAGAAUGGAAAAAAGAAAGUAAAGAAAGAAAAGACACGCAAGCGUAAGAAAGUAAAGGCGCACAAAGACCAGGAUGACACCUGUGGCCCGGUUCAGAUUUCAAAGUAUCUUAAGGAAAAGAAGAAAAAAGGCAAGUACAGUAUGAUUUCAGGGAAGAAGAUUAAAAUGAAAGUAAAAAAGUCGAAGAAGGACAAGCAGAGGGACAAAAACAGAGCUGAACUGCUAGAGUUCUUAAACUCCACCUUCUGAUGCAGAAGUACUUCAGUUUUCCAUUACUAGCCUGAACACCCCUCAGGGAGAGACCAUCUUCAACUACAAAUAUUGUUUGUGCUGAUAUUGUACAUUGACAGUUCUUUAACAGAAACUCUUUAUGUACAUGGUUGACAUAACCCCUUUUUUUUGUGUACAUCAAAGUAUGUUUAUUUCUGAUUCAAUAUACACAAAAAGACUGUA